UCAUUGAUAGACUCGUUUAUAUGUACAGAUUUCCAAUUAAUAUAGUUCUAGCCGGGGAUCUGUAUACUAUGUUGUAAGCAGUAUUGUCAGGUCGCUGCACGAAUGAAUCUGCGGCAGUUGAUGCAUCCAGGCGCUAGCCUUCAUAGGUGUACAACGCGUUUGCGCACGCGGCUACCAUUUUCACAGGAUGGUCGUCGACGGUCUUUCAGGGUUCGCGUCGUGGAGCCCAAGCUGGCCACAGCGUUCCCCGAUGCCCCGGGUUUGCGGCCUGAGCCUUGGACGGACGCUCCUAGCCAACGCGCUGCGCUCGCGAGCCUUAAGCAGCGAUUCAGUGACGACUUGCUUCCUCCGGACGAGGCGACCUUGAAAUGGUACCUUCGCGACCGCUACUUCGAUGUCAAUGAGGCGGAGCAGAAGCUGCGCGGCAUGUUGAAAUGGCGCCGGUCCUUCCAGCCUCAGGCCACCACGCCUGAACAGAUAGCUGCGGAGGCGGCCAGCGGCAAGGCGUACGUGCACAGCCAGCCCGACCGCUUCGGACGGCCCGCCAUCGUCAUUCGGACACGGCUGCACGUUACAGGCCAGUACCCCAUAGUUGACAGCAAGCGCUUCGCGGCCUACCUGAUCGACACCGCCAUCUCCAGGAUACCCCCCGGCGGCGAGCAGAUCGUGGGCAUCUUCGAUCUGCGCGGCUUCCAGUUCCAACAGAACGCGGAUUUUGCGUUUGCAGCCUUCAUGAUAGAGGCUUUCUUCGAGUACUACCCCCGGCGGGUGGGUCAGGUGCUGCUGGUGGAGGCGCCCUGGGUGUUCUUCCCCGCGUGGGAGGUCAUCCGGCCGCUCAUGCGCAAGUAUGCUUCGCUGGUUCGCUUCGUGAGCCUGCAGGAGCUGCGUGAGGAGUUCUUCACGCCCGGGAGCCUACCCGAGGACUUCAAGCGGUGAGGGCGGCUUGGGGGAGGAAGGACCUGGCAGCAGCACUGGGAGGCAGGCAGGCAGGGAGGGGGCCGCAGCUUGGGGGCAGACGCUGUGUGCGGGGCUUCGCCGGGCAAUGAGGGUUUCCGCGCUGAAGUGUUUUCGGGGGCCGGCAUGGGGACGGCAACUGACCGGAAGCUUCUUGGUUGUGUUUACACCGGGGGGCAGGGCGCCUGAGGAGCCGGUUUUGAUGGGUGUAGAUUGCACCGCGGCUGUGGCGUCUAGAGGGAGGGGCGAGUUGUUCGCGUGGAUAUCGAAGCAGCGUUGAGGGGGAGUGUUGAGGCGUCGAGGUUUUGCGGAAGUGUAGUUGAAGGGAAAUUGCGGCGUGAGGAGGUACAGCUGUUGAGGGGAGGGUUGAGGGAGCUGCAUGAGGGGCGGUAGGACAGCUGCAUGUAGUUGUUCUUGAGGUUACCGUAGCAUUCGUUUGCGAUGGUUAUCAUUAUAGUGAGCAAGGGAUGCUGUUGACGGGUUAGGUAGAGGCGUGUCGAAAGGCUGUGAGCUGUGUUCUUCCUAUAUUCGAGUGUGCACACAAGGUGUGCAGCAUGCACGCUGGACAACAUGUAUUCCAGGAGACAUCGCGAUUUGAGUGUGUUGCGUAGUAUGAUCACGUGCAUUGGUGAUGCCACAAGCACCUCUUCUCGCUAUUUGUACUUCUAGUUUGUUGUGACUGUGUUGGAGGGCAAUAAGCCGCGUUUGUUCGUACUGGCAGUGGCCGAGCGCUGAAGGUGAAGUGUUGUGUAUCCUUGCCUUGGGUAUUCCUUUUGCUGUCCCGUGUACAGUUACCUGGUUGCCUGUUACCUAUACCGGUACUUGGUUGGGCGACUUGUGUAGUUCUGUGCUGAGGGCGGUGUUCGUCGGGCAUUCUUUCUUACUGCGCCAUUGACACCGGAGUACUGUAGACCUGCGCUACUGUAGUGAC